AUGUCUUUGGACCCAACAAAUGAUCUCGACUAUGUCACACGAUUCGUGUGUAUAGGUUCGGAAGAAGGCUGCCAUAGCAUUCUCCCCAAACAAGAUUACAGGGACAAAGUUCCCUCGCUUCAUUCUUUGUUGUCCAGGGAUGCUGCUUUUGCAGCCAUCAGGAGACUGAGAACUAUAUUUGAGAACAGAAGCUUCGUGACAAAGGACCCAUUAUUGUUUGCUCUAGCUAUGAUUGUCAGAAAGAUGCCCGAGGGACACGAUGAAGAUCCAGUAAGACAUGGAGCGUAUGAUCUUGUCCAGGAAGCCUGUGAAUCUCCGCUGGAUUUAUUCACCUUUGUCAGCUUUGACAAGGCAGUAUCCGGUCCAGGGAAAGCCGGAUGGGGGCGUGGUAUGAAGCGGCUAGUGAGGCACUGGUACGAAUCAAAGGCUCCGUUAGAUUUAGCAUUUGAAGCCACCAAAUGCAAGUCGAGCCAUGGAUGGUCUCAUAGGGAUUUAAUUCGUCAAAGUCACAUACAUCCCAACAAAAGGUCAAAGGGUGCUUCAGUUGUGCUGAACUAUCUGGCCAAAGGUAAAGAGGCUGUAUGCAAUUAUAAAGAGGAGGAUGAGGAUGAAGAAGAAGAAGUUCACCAGGUUGUGGCCUUUCUCAGAGAUGUUGAAAAGCUGAUAGCUUCAAAAGCAGAAAAUAAAGAGUUGAUACGAGAUGUCAUCGAAAGACGCAAGCUGGUCGACAGACAGAUACCUUCCCACCUGUUUCAGAUGAAAGAGACCUUUGAAGGACUGCUUGGGCACAUGGAGCUGGCAAACAUCUUCAGGAGCAUCCCCAAGAUGGCAUCACUGGGCAUGUUGGACCAUGCUGCUCCAGAGGCCAGCAAAGUCAUCGAGUACGUGGGGGACUUUGAUAAAAUUAAACAGCAAAAGGUUCCUCCAGUUGUAAUCUUUGUUGCCCUGAGAAGAUAUGAAACCAACAAGGCCAAGAAAUGGGUGAAAAACCACAAUUUGGUCAAGGCAUUGCAUGCUGCUUUCAAUGCCUCUCUUAAGUGUCUGCCCAGGAUUGGCAAGCGGACAUUGCUCGCCGUCCACAUUGACAGCAAAAUUGCCAAGCGGCGAGUAUCUGGAGCUAACUUCCUCACUCCCCUUAUGCCUUGUGCACUGAUGGCCAAGUUUUUUACCCAGUCAGAAACUAGAGUCCAAGUUGUCUAUUUCCACCAGAAAGUGAUUGAUCUCAAGAUUGAAAAUAAUAAAUCUCGAAAAAUGCCAAUGGCUGGAAUUAUUGAACAAAUUGUCAAGCCUACCAAAGAGUUAGCAAAUGCAAACUUUGAUUUGUCGGAACCUUUGAAGUGGGCGACCCAGAACCGGAAAUCAUUUGAUAACAUUCUCAUCAUGAGUGAUAAGAAGACUGUCACUUCAACAGAAGCAUUUUAUAAUGCAUUACAUGCCUACCGAAUGGAACUCAGUUUGCCAGCUGCCAAAUUAGCAUUCAUUGGCAUGAGUGACCACACGGUCAUCGGAAAUAAGUUAGACCUCAACAUGCUGGAGGUGAGCGGCUUCAACGAGAGAGUUCCCCAGCUCAUCUACAACUUCUUCUGCGGCAACAUGGAUUUCUCUGGGAAUGACAUCACUAGCACUGAAGCAGCUGCAGCACCAUGA